AUGUUAGCAGCAAUAAAUCUUGGUGGUUGUUGUACGAACGGUAACGGUUUUCUUUUUGAUAAUUUUGACGGGUGGUGCGCAGCAGCAUACAUUGGACCACAACAUGGACCACAGCAUGGUUUUGCACAGGGACCACAGCAUGGCUCGCAGCAUGGCUCACAACAAGGAUCACAAGUUGAAUCACAGCUAGGAUCGCAUUUGGGUCCACAGCAAGGACCACAUUUGGAUGGACAACAAGGAACACAUUUGGGUGGACAGCAAGGAACACAUUUGGGCCCACAGCAAGGGCCACAUUUCGGUCCACAGCAGGGUCCACAGCAAGGACCACAGCAAGGACCACAUUUGGGUCCACAACAAGGACCACAUUUGGAUGGACAACAAGGAACACAUUUAGAUGGACAGCAAGGAACACAUUUAGAUGAACAGGAAGAGCCACAUUUGGGCGCACCACAAGGAUCACAACAAGCAUCACUGCUGGGAGCACAGGAAGCAGCACAGCUUUGA